AGCAGCGGCGGGAUGAGCGGCGGGGAGCAGGCAGCGGCAGCGACGCUUUUCUCAGUGAUGGCGGCGGCGCUGCAGCGGCGCCGGUGAUCCAGCCGAGCAGAGACGCCUCGCCAGCGGCCGCCUCCUCUGAAGACAGGAAAGAGGAACGACGGACGACACACCAGCAGAAACCAAUGCCACCAUGUACAGCGUGGAGGACCUCCUCAUCUCUCAUGGAUACAAGCUGCCCAAACACCCCGCCUCGUCCACCCCGACCCCGGCGGCCCCCGCCGCCCCGGCCCGCCAGCCCCCCCCGUCCUCGCCGCCGUCCUACAGCAAGCACCACGAGAUCCUGGAGAACAGGCCGGGCCCCCGGGCCCUGAACGGCUACGAGCGGGGGGCCCUGGUGGCCUACGGGACCGCCGGCGGGACCAGGCAGCCCCAGGCGUACGGCGGCGGCGGCGGCUGUCCCAACAACAACAACGAACCCAGGGACAGGAGCCUGCCCCGACGGGAGGGCGAGGGCCGGAGCCAGACCGACACACACUCCCUGGGGGAGUCGCUGACCUCGGACAGCGGGUUUUGUGACGGCAGCCGAGGCCCUCAGGCACAGUCCAAGGACGUGUCCUACUGGAGGCGGAGAGGCCAAGACUUCACUGUGCUGCUAGACUAUGCUGACUUCAGAGACCCUCAUGGAGGGGGGCAGGGGGGCUACAACCAGCCAGAACCUCAGCAGGCCAGAGGCCAGGAGCUCUCUGCAGAGGAGCGUCAGAGGGCGGCUCAGGAGAGGCAGCGGUGGGCGGCCCAGGCCCAGGCGCACGCCCAGGCCCAAGUCCAGGCCCAGGUCCAGGCCCAGGUCCAGGCCCAGGUCCAGGCCCAGGCUCGCUGUCGAGAGAGGGAGGCUGCUCUCCAUCAGUGGAGGCUGGCAAACGAGAGGAAGUGCCAGAGCCUGGGGACAGACGAGUGGCGUCCAGCUGUGAGCUUCGCUCGCCAGCUGUCGCAGACGGAGGGAGAACGCUGGGCGCAAGAGCAGCAGCGGCUACACGCCAGGACACCCGACGGUAUGGUAGUCCACCCCAGGACCAAAGCCAAGUCCCAGUCCCUGCCCAGGAUGCUGCAGCCCGAGAGCCUGCAGUAUGUGGACGCCGGUCCGCCCGGUCCGGAGCUGUACAGGCGAGUCAACGGCCACCCGCUGUCGCACCACGACUUCUACAGAGCGCCGCGCUGGCCGGACACCGGCAGGCCGGCCAGCGCCACCCAACUCUCAAUAACACCAAAGCCGCGCUUCACCCGCCCCCCCAGACCCCCCUCGUAUGAGAUGCACCAGCAGAUCCGGGGAAGCUGUGAGGUGCUGUCUGGCAGAGACUCGGUCGUCUCCCAGGCCAGGGACAGGACGCCCAUCCCCAUGUCCAGACCCGCCGACCCCCACCAACUGGACUAUUUUGCACAGGAGUCUGGGCCUCCAGGAUACAUCCCUCCACCGUCAUAUAAAAGAGCACCCUUAAUGGCGGGGGGCCGCCGGGGCUACGGGGAAAUAGCGGUGGAAUACAGGUACAGAGGGGACGUGUACCCGCAGAUCCACGUGGCUCCAGACGGCUCCCACUGGUUCACCAGACACCCAGCAUGCCCCUGGCCCGACCCCAAGAGAGAGAGAAGCACAUCCAGCCAGAAGCAGCUUUACCCUGUGUACGCGGCACAGGAGCGUCCUGGUGGGGGGGUCCAGUAUAUUCCCUUCGACGAUCCCCGCAUCCGCCAUAUUUCCUCUGCCCUCGGUGGCAACUCCCUGACGGACGCCGACAAGAUCCGUCACAUCCGCAACGAGCUUCCCAGCGUCACAGUGUCAGAGCCGGCGCCUGACGACAGUGCCUUUCUGCCCCCGCCAUUGGGGCCUUUCAUUGCCGCAAAAAUGGCCGACGACCCUCACCAGACGUCUUCUCGCGACAACGACAAUAACAGGUGGCACAGUGAUUUGCACAAAGAGACUGUCGACAACUUCCCAGCACCUGACCAAAACUGUAACAACAGAUAUUCCAAAAACCACCGCCCCCCUCCAUCGCCCUCCUCAGCCUUCCAGGCCCCGCUGCCAAGGAGCGCUUCUCGCCAGGGGUCCACCUUAGACCAGGUCUUUGCAGAAACCAUCACCCAAGUGAAGAAGAUUGCCCCAGAUUCAGGACCAGACAACAACAGGAAUGCCAAGAGACGAGUGAGCGAGACCAUCUUCUGCCUUGUGUCUGUUCCCGUUCACACCCCGACCAGCUUCAGCAAAGACCUGGCCGCAGACCAGAACAACAACGAGACCAUGUCCAGCUUGACCAUGACCAGCGCUGACACUUUCGCCGUAGGCCUCAAAGAAAGUCCGAAUAUCCGGAGCAGGUCUGUCAAUGAGAUGCCCAUCAGAACCCACUACUCCCACUUCUACACCAGCAGCACGUCCUCGAUGAGGAACUAUAAGAGGGCUCCUCUGAGGAAGGAGAUCAUCGACGCCUGGGCACUCCAAGCCAGCCAAGACAGAGAGCUGUGCUAUGCUGGCUCCUGGCCAGGAAAUCAGUACCGUAACCAAGAAACUCAAACCGGCUCACCUUUGACAGGCGUAAAAACUCCAGAACCACAAAGCUCUCCUGGAGAGCAGGAGCCUGUGCAGUCCGCCUCAGACACCACGACAGACAGCGGCGUGGGAACCGAGAACAGCUCCUCGUAUGGCUGCCCCAUGGCCGGGCAGAAGAACUUCAACCCGUCCAGCAACAGCGCCUUUUCCCGACUCAGCCUCAGCCCCGCACAGUCACAGCCCGACCCGCCAUCCCCGUCCAAACGGCACGAUUCAGCAGACCAGCAGCCGUCCUCCCCCCAGAAAAGUCUUCCAGAAAGUUCCGAGCAAGCCGUCUUUGGUCAGUUCCUCUUAAAGCCGGUGAACCGACGGCCAUGCGAUGCCAUUGGUGAACUGGAAAGCAUUAAUAAGGAGAUGGAGGACACGAUCAGCAAACGACCCAUUUCCAGUAAGUUCACUGCUGACCGUGAUGGGACGAAUGACAGAGUAGCUCGGUUCAGGUCAGGACCACAUUUCAGCAGUCCAGAACCAGGCAGGGAGGCCAUCAGUCUUCCACCGCUGCACACAGAGAAGCCCAACAACAUGAAAGUCAGAUCAAAGUCCUUUGCUUCAACUGCCGAUCUUCAGUCCAUGGAGGCGAGAGGUGUUUUUCCAAGGCCACCGGCCAACAGCGUCCCACAGACUGAGCCUUCCAUCCUGUCCGACUCGGCUCCAGGUGACAGUUAUCCCCUGUCCUCAGUUCCCACAAACCACCUCUACAAACAAGACAUCCCCGUCCCGCAGGAGUCUCUGCUCCGAGACGUGGGGCUGACUGUCUAUACAGAAACUCCGGGUGGUCCAGGGGAGCCGGUGCAGCGCUCCCUCUCGGUCCCGUCUCCUCUGGAUUCUGAGGAUCUCAGUCAGUCAGUGCUGCCUUCCUGGGAGACGAGGACAGAAAUGGUUAAAAACAGUGACGGCCCUGAGCACAAUUCAGACGCAGAGCUUGACGCUGAGGCGAACACAGAGAGAAAGGCUGAACCAGACGCCGCCGCUAAACCAGACGCCGCCGCUAAACCAGACGCCGCCGCUCCACCGCCCAGUCUAAGCCUCUGCAGGAGCAGAAGUGAAGGCAGCAGGUCGCCACAGAAGAGCAGCUCUAAAGCAAAGUGGGCCAGAGAGCUGUCUUUCAUGUUUCACGAGGAUGGCAUAGACAGGUACGCCCUCUGUGAGCCCCUCACGUAUAGAAACGAGUCGACAAUAGCUGACAAGCAUCUGGAAAGCUUACUGAUUCAAGAGAAAGCCAAUUCUUUACCCACAGAGGAUCUCAGUAACCUGUAUGAAGUCAAGUGUGCUGAAGGCAUCCCUGAAAACGAGUCUAUCGAGCAGAGGGCGGCGCGCAUCCUGGGUAUAGCCGUUCCAGUCGAGGCUUUAGGAGUGGCCGACAAAGAGUCCGAGGACGAUGAGGACAGCUCAGACCAAGCUGCAGGUAAUCAAAGCCCAGAUGAAGAGGCUGGGCAGGUGACUAGAGAGUACGAGCAAGUCGAAGAGGAAUCCCUGCUGAUGCAGGACGUGGAUGUGGCAGAAGUCAAGGAGACUGAACCAGAGGAGAUCCAAAAAGAACAAGAGGAAAGUGACGAACAAAAGCACAGCGAUGACCACGCUGAUGGAGGGGAGGACCCGGAUGCAGAUACUCAGCCGGUUCUAGACCUGCCUGAGUUCCCACCGAGUACGCUUCCUCUGUCUCUGCCCGUCAGCCCUGACGGAAAGCUCGCGCAGAGCAUGUGCAGCGGCGAGAGGAAGGGCCGAGGCGGAGCCGGCAGAUUAAUAGAAUCCCUGCAAGAUAAGCUAAACUCCUCUGCGUCUUCAGCCACAACGCCGAUGGGAAGGCCGACCACGGACAGGAUGGCCCGACUGAAGGAACUGGACUCUGUGUCUCGAAUCAGACGCCUCAGCCUCAAAGGCUCAGAUUCUGAAAGAGAAGUCGAUUCUAAACAAAGUGACGAAACAGACAAAGAGGAGUGUGAAGCUGAGGAGAAGCCAAAGGAGGAAGUUGUUGAGCAACGAAAAGAGAACGAGGAGAAGGAAGCGGAAAAAGAAAUCAUGACAGUGGAAGAAAAUCCAGACGAGCCACAGAAUGCACAUGAAACACUUGAAAAGUUGGGAGAUUUACAAGAAGACUGUAAAGCAGAGGAGAGGAGUGAAGAUGUGUGUAAGGAUGAGCAACGGCAGGAAGUAGAGGUCAAGAAGGUUGAGAUUGCACUAAAAGCAGCGGUGGAAGUCCAGAAGGAGGAGCAAAAACAGGAACGGGAAGAAGAAGCGGAGCUGAAAGUCGUGGCGGAAGGCCGAGGAAAGAUUCCAGGGAAGGUGAAAGACGAGCAGAGUGCAGCAGCGAGGAGCAGAGCCAAGGUGGGUAAAGCUGCUGAGGGAGCCAAGGCGCCCAAACCCAAGCAGCGCACCCGCCUCCAGAAGCCGCCGCUGCUCCCGAAGCCCCGCAGCGUUCCCAAGAGAGAGAUCAGCCUGCCAGCCAGCCUCAGCCCCGGGACCUGCGGCCCCCCCAGCACCCGGACCUGCGGCCCCCCCAGCACCCGGACCUGCGGCCCCCCCAGCACGGAGGAGGACCAGGAAACACUCCCCGUCUCCGACUCGUACGACCCCAGUCGAGUGGAGAGGGUGUGACCUCCGCCCGCCGCCUGCACCGCCGUGGAAAUCUGUGUUUGUCAAGUUAACAGCUUUUCCCAACAACAAAGGCUUGUUCUGCCCUCCGGUCCGGGCAGCUGUGACCCUCCAGUGUCGUUCCACAUGGCAGAGCCCACUGUCCCGGUGGGCCAGAGCUGAUUUCCUUUCUUUCUUUCUUUUUAUUUGCUGCUCCUCCAGGCCUUUUCCCACCUCCCACCCCUCCAUUCUCUCCGCCUCUCAAAGCGAGCGGACGGCUUCCUUUUGAAGCCGUCUGGCUUUGCCUUUUGGAGAACCUGGUGUCAUUAUUCCCUGUCGUCUGCACCGGGCUGCUCCGCCAGCCCCGGUGUUAAAUAUGAAUGUAAAAGAGCUUCUGUUCAUCCGACACAUCACGGAAAAGAACCGAAAGGAGAAAAAGAAGAAAAGGAGGAGCAUCACGAGAAGGCGACAGUAUUGCAUUACAAUCAGUAUUACUCUACACCAAAUGUAAAUAAGAAAGAGUUAUAAGAUUUUAUUAAGAAUAUAAAAAAAAAAUCAAUUUAAGACAUUUAAUUGCUGAAGAAAUUUAUAUUUUCUUAUGUAUAUUAAGAAGAAGCCUAGAUUUUUGAAGUGUAGUCUCUGGGUGUGUUACUGACGACGAAGCCCCCGCUCUUUAUUCUUAUACUUGUGUGAUAGAGAAUGUACUCCGAGAGCCUGGAUAGUAGAAACACUGUGGUCCUCCAGUAGUCUCACUCAGCAGCAAUAUAGUCGUCGCCCGCCGAGCGUCUGUGACUGAUGAGCGUGGUCGGGUCUUCUUCGGAGGGCUGAUCUCGGCUCUGCGUUCCGGUACGAGUGUUAGCUCGGCACGGCGGAGAUUAUUGGCUUUAUGCUACCAGCAAGCACCUGCUAAUCUCCUCAGACGGCGGGAGAUUACACCGCCAGGGAUUCACUUUUCCUCGCCGCCGCCGCCGCCACGCGUACCGGCAGCGCCGUCUUCCGCGUGUUCGUUCACCCUCCCGCAUUUCCAAAAGACGAUGAGUGUGUGUUCUGUGGCAGUAAGUCUGUAUUGAUCCGUGCAGUCCGUUUUUUAGCGUGUUUGUUUCCCUUCACUUCUUAGUUUGUGAUCUCAGAAGUGCUUUUUGUAAGAAAAUAUAAACUAAGCACAGAAAGUAAGAACACGUUGUGUUUGGCAAUUUAUUUCCAUUGUUGGGAAAAUGCUUCCAGACUCCGUUCACACGACAACGAUUUCAAGGGGAAACUUGUUACUCUGGACCGGCAACGAGCUCAGAGCCUCUGAAACCACGGCUGGAGUGAACCGUAGUCCUGCUCAUGCUCAGCAGAGGGCCAAUCAGAGCUAUGGUUCCCUCCAGAGUGUCAGGAACCCCAGUCCAGAUCCUCCUGGUCCUGGUCCUGGUCCUGGUCCUCCUGGACUUGGUAGUUUUAGAGUUGACAGUCACCAGAAUAACAAUCCAA